GAGUGUCAUCGCCCUGAAACAAACAAACAAGAGCGGCGUCUUGCUUUCCUCGCUUUUCGAAUUAAUAUUCCUUAAAUUCCCUGGCAAUUAUAAUUAGAACAUGCAUGGUACUACAGGAUAAGACUCUGGAGCUGACGACAAAUGUAUUGAACUCAUUUCUUCGGCGUAUUAGUGAAUUCAGACUUAGAACUAGUCAAAAAAUCAAAUUUUAAAUUAAGAUGAGGUUGUGAAUGAUAAUCCAAAGCAAGAAUCAUGGCUGAAGUUAUUGACCUUUCUGAUGAUGAUAUUUUGGUGGAUGAGGUGGCUGUGAGUAAAGUCGUACCUCCUACACUAAAGAGACCCUUCAGAUGCCUGAAUUCCGAUUGUCGUUCUGAGAAAGAUUUAGUUCGGGCAGACAAAUACAUCCGCAGAUUUUUUGGUGUUUUGUCAUAUCCAAAAAAGAAGCGAGUAUGCCCCAGCUGCAGUAUAGAAGCCAGAAAUCAGCAAGACUCUCUGAUUGACACAUUACGAUCAGGACGGCUUUUGUUGGCUGAAAAACUUCCACCUCCAAGGGAGACUGUGGUGCUCACAGACUCUGACUCUGAUCCAUCUGACAAUGAAAAACUUAGUGAUGAUUCAGAUUAUGAGUUUGUCAGUGAAGAUGGAAAGAACCUUGAAGACACAAUUGCCGAUAUCACCAAAGAACUUAGCCUGGACAUGCAGAUAACAGAUGGCAUGAAACAUCUCGAAGAGCGAUUCCUGGCGUUAGAAGAGGGUUUUGAAAAACAAAAAGAAGAAUAUGAAAAUAUUGAGUCUCAGCUCGAUAAUUUGCGCAAAGACUUCUAUAAUAGUUUCCGGCCAGAGAUCAUGUGGCAGAAGGCUCUUGAUAUUGGUCCUUCUGGUACAGUGAUCCACCAAGAACUGUUUGAGGUGAUAGCCGAACCCUCCGUCCCUGUCCCUGCUCAUAAUCUGCCACCUGUGGGCCCAUUAGUGCGCACUGAGUUGAAGCCCAAUGAGCUCGUCUAUUCAAUGAGGCACUCACUCUUCGCUCGCUGGGCUCAAGCACAAAUCAUUGAAGUGGUGAAACGUGAGCCAAAGAAUACCAGCUACAAAAUCCGUUACAAUCGCAAUGCCAAAAGUUCAUGCCAGACUGCCAUCAUGACAGGACGUCAGCUGGCAUACUAUGCCUCAUGUCCAACUCGUAUCCCUGUCGGCACACGUGUUAUAGCAAAGUAUAGAGAUGAUGAUCCAAAGAAUACCACCAUUUCAGGUGCUUUCUAUGUUGGAAUUGUAGCAGAGAUCCCAACAGCAGCAAAUAAAUACAGGUAUCUCAUAUUCUUUGAUGAUGGUUAUGCACAGUAUGUCCUUCAUGGUGAUAUACGGGUAAUGACAGAGGCCUCAUCAUGCCCCUGGGAGGAUGUAUCUUCGGAUUCAAAAGAAUUCAUCAAGGAUUACCUGCAAAUGUAUCCAGAAAGACCCAUGGUGCGCCUCCAGAAAAGCAACUACGUCAAAACAGAAUGCAAUGGAAGAUGGUGGAAAGCUCUGGUCAAAGAGGUGGAUGGGUCUCUAGUGAAGAUGUUUUUCCCAAUGGAUGGAAGAUCCGAAUGGAUUUACAGGGGAUCAACUCGACUCAGCCCACUCUUCAACAAGAAGAUGAACAGUCAAGCACAGACAAAACAGCCACAGAAGACUAUACGACGUCGUACAGUGGCUGUACCUGGAACAGCAGUUGUGGAGUAUGGAACAUUUGGCCAGGGCUUAGAUGCUGAGGCCACAGCUCCUGGUAAGGAGGCUCUUGUACUCAUUGGUUAUGAUAACAACAAGACAGAAACAGGAGAACGUCGGGCUGUAGCAAGAAAGAGUACUAUGUCACGUGCAGGUACUCCACCUCGAGAAGUUCAACAAAGGAUUGAACAGGAAUCUAAAGGUUUUACUAAAAAACAUACUCUUCACGAGGAAACCAUAAAGUUCACGAGACAUAUCUGUUCGAAUAAGUGCUUGGGGAAGGGUGAUAACAUGACUGAUCACAAAGGGUUGUCACCACUCUUAUAUCCUAUGAUGUUUGGUUGGUACAGACAUAUUGUGAAGCAGCGUCGUAGAACAAUGGGACGCAAUGAAGUUUAUUAUGUAGCUCCGUGUGGUAGACGACUGCGCAGUGUAGAAGAAGUCUUCCGCUAUCUUCUUGAUACUGAAUCCAAUCUUGAGAUCGACUGUUUCUCCUUUGAAUUGGCAGUGGAUACCUCUCAUGAGUGGGAGCCGUUCAAAAAGAUUGUCAACAUUGAUGAUGUAUCCCUUGGAGAAGAAAAUGUACAGAUCUCAUGCGUCAACUCCUUGGACGAAACUGCCCCUCAGACUCUUGUAUACAGCAAUGUUCGACUUCCAACAGAACAUGUGCCACUCAACCUAGAUCCAGAAUUCUUAGUCUGCUGCGACUGUAUAGAUGAUUGCCAGGACAAAUCAAAGUGUCCUUGUUGGCAGUUGACAAUCCAAGGAACCCGCAUUUUGGAUCGCUCCGAGAACCCCAACACAGGUUAUCAUUACCGCAGAUUGUCUGAACAAGUACAAAGUGGUAUUUAUGAGUGCAAUUCUAGAUGUAAGUGCAGCAACAUGUGCUUAAAUCGUGUCGUGCAGCACCCACUGAGGCUAAAGUUGCAGCUAUUCAAAACUGCACGUCGAGGUUGGGGCGUUCGAACUUUACACGACAUUCCUAGAGGAGGAUUCAUCUGCGUUUAUGUGGGCAAGAUGCUGAAUGAGACUAUUGCUAAUGAGGAAGGCAAGAUGAUAGUGGGUGGAGAUGACUACUAUGCUGAGCUGGAUUAUAUUGAGGUCAUGGAAAAUGCAAAAGAAGGAUAUGAGGAAGAAGUAGAGAAUAUUGAAGAAGAAACUAGCAAGCUCUCCGUAGAAGGAAAUGCAAUUGCUGGCUCAGAUUCCACAGACAGUGAUGGUUUCUAUAGUGAAAAUGAAGUAGAUGACACAAAAGAUGAUCGGGACUUCAGCCAUCCAACAUAUAUGAAAAAGGUGGGACUUACUAAGAGAGAAAAGUCUGCUCGCCUUCAAGAACGUUCAUCGCGCAAUAACUUCCUAAAGAAAGGAAAAGAAAGUAAAGAUGGAAGUGGAUCAGGAUCUGCUCCUGCAUCAGAUGAUGAAGCAUCCAAGUCAUCACAGCCUGAAAAGCCAAAGGAAACCGAACCCAAGGAUGAUUCAAAAUCAGAAGAAGCAGCUGACGAUUUUGAUGAUGAUGAUGAAGCAGAUGAGAAGCAACGCCGUCCACAAACCUUCGCCCCAAGUCAAUUAUUAGCUACCCCUCCAAAGCAGAGAGCAAACAAGAGCGUGAGAGAGUAUUUUGGAAAAGACGAAGCAGUAUACAUCAUGGAUGCCAAACAUACAGGCAAUAUAGGCCGUUUCUUGAAUCACUCGUGUGAACCAAACGUCUUCGUCCAGAAUGUCUUUGUUGACACUCAUGACCUAAGAUUCCCAUGGGUGGCAUUCUUUGCAAUCAGCAACAUCCGUGCAGGCACUGAACUCACAUGGGAUUACAGCUAUGAAGUGGGCAGCGUCCCGGGCAAGACUAAGUACUGCUACUGUGGUGCCAGAAAAUGCCGAGGGAGGUUGUUGUAGAUUGUAUUUUACUGUUUCUUUAUAUUUAUAAUUUAAAUAAUUUUCUUUUUUACCUUUUUACCAUAUGAUGUUCUAGAGUAAUUCCCGGUUCUAAUGAUGUAGUGGAUGAAUUGAUGUGGUAGUUUAUCAAUACUUUUGAGUAGCUUCUUGUGUCCGUUUUUUUUAUGCUCUCGGUUAAAAGCAAUGAAUCUUUAUUUUACUAUUGAUAUGCAAUGGGAAUUUUGUUUUUAUUGCCAACUCUCUGUGUCCGAUCACAAUUCACAAAUAAUCAGUAUCAUUAUCUUUGUUCCACCUACUCUGAUUGACAGUUAGGCUAUCUUGUAUAUUUGUCUACGUCAAACCACAAUCUAUGAUCAUUGCAUUGUAUAAGGAUCAAUCUUAUCAGAGUAGAAGAUGAAAGUCCUAUUUCUGCUAUCCCCAAGUCCUUGGUAAGUGACUAUUUGAAUAUUCAUACACUUGAACAUUAAAAUCUAUUUUUUGUUGUUACUCUUUUUUGGAGUAUGUGUGGGGGGGUAGCAUUAAUAUUACAUGGUUCAAUUGGAAUACUUGAGUAUAGGAACAAAACACAUAAAAUAAAUAUUUGAAAAAUCAACCAAAA